GAUAAUGUGGAUUGUGGGGAUUCAAAAUGGCCAUGUAAACAUUAGCUGACUAGCUGUGAUAAAUGUGAUGGUCACAAGUGUUAACUGAAGUGACGUCAUUAAACAAAUUUAUGGAAAAAUGGGUUUCAGCUAAAGGCUUUAAUUUUUGCAGUCCGUUUUUUGAAAGAUUUUGAAUUUUUAUUUUCUCUGUGAUUUAUGACAUACUAGUUCCAUAUUUCAUUUUAGGUUAUUUUUUAUUUUUCUGCCGUUUUAAAUAUCUCAUAUGAAACUACGUUUGAUCUUGCGAUCUGUUUUAUUCGGAAUUCCUGUUGGAAUUACACUUUUCGACUCGGUGGGUUAUGUUGCAAGAGUCGAAGGAAUUUCGAUGCAGCCUUCAUUAAACCCUAAUUGUGAUGAAGUGGACUAUGUUUUCCUCAAUAGGUGGGCAGUUAGAACCUAUAAUAUUGGCAGAGGCGAAAUUAUUUCACUAAUUUCGCCCAAGGAUCCAGAUCAGAAGAUAAUUAAAAGGGUUGUUGGUAUUGAAGGUGACGUGAUUAAGACGUUAGGGUAUAAGAAACCUUACGUUACGAUCCCCGAAGGACAUUGUUGGGUAGAGGGUGAUCAUACAGGUCAUUCUUUGGAUUCAAAUUCCUUUGGUCCCAUAUCAGUAGGUUUAGUAACAGCGAAGGCAUCUCACAUAGUCUGGCCACCACAUCGUUGGCAGAAUCUGAAGCAUGACAUUCCUGAGGGACGAAAGCCACUAGGACUGAAGUAAUACGCUUUCAAACAAUAAUUUUGUGCGGCCACUAGCGUCAGUUACAGUAGA